AUGGCUUGGACCUUGAGGCCUACUACCACUACUACUUCUUUACCUCCUAGGAGGCUCUUUGGUGCUCUGCAACGAACUGGUACCGAAUUGGUUACGGUGAAAAAUAUAGGGUUCGACACAACCACUUCUUUUGUGACGACACACCCGCAAGCCACAGCAACAAACACCGUUCUACAGACUGCGCGUCAAAACCGCGCAGGCCCCGCGGCAGCCGCCAACGGGAGUCGGCGCCGUUUUGACCAGAACGGCGCCGAUACCACGACUGGCCUGGCCACAGAGUCUCAGCGCAAAACCAAGAACCUUGAGACAACCACACAGUUGGCGACGGUCAAGAACCAAGGGGUAAAGUACCAAGGGGGCGCCACCACUACUAGUCUUUAUACACAACUGAAAAAUGCGGACCAAAAAGUUGGCUUAGCUGCCGCGGGCACAACUACAGCUUUGGUCACCCGUGCGCCUGCUGGCAAGACGCCCGCUGCGGCCCAGACGGGGCAAGGCCUAAGGGGAAUCCUGGGCUUCGGCCACACUACUACCACGGAACCACUCACAGUUCAGGCAAGUCAGAAGCAGUGUUGCCCUCUGAUUGGGGGCAUUGUGCUGGGUCUCUUGUUGUUGUUGGCUAUCCUCGGGGCUGCUUGGUAUUUCUACCAGAGAAAUAAACCGUACAGAGGCUACAAGCAAAUUUCAGCAAACGAAGAAGAAUACGACCUCACACCCGCCCAGUCCCCCUCAGCCAUCGCGGCGGGUCGCCGAGCCGAAAGGCCAGACACCGUACCGGUCGACCAGUACGAGAAGCUUGUCAGAAGUCGACUAUAA